AUAACAUUUUAUUCAAAUCUGCAACAACUUGAGAGAUCCCUUCAUUCCAGUCUUCCAGUACCCACACUUACCCAGUAGAGGGCGCUAAUCGGACAAACAAGCGCCUCACAAGCCUGCAGAAGAAGCGGAAUAACCCGGAAGUAGGCAGGACUUCGGUUGUGUAGAAGAAGAAGCUCUCGGCGCCGCAGGCUCUGGUUCUGUCUCUAGUCGGUCAACAUGGUCCAACUGGUUGGUUCCCUCCGGAAAGAGCUGUCUGACACCCUCUCCACAUGCAAGGUGCUGGUGGUGGGAGCGGGGGGGAUCGGCUGCGAGCUGCUGAAGAACCUCGUCCUCACCGGCUUCAAAAACAUCGAAGUGAUUGACUUGGACACGAUUGAUGUCAGCAACUUGAACCGCCAGUUCCUCUUUCAGAAGAAGCAUGUCGGCAAGUCCAAAGCACAGGUGGCCAAGGAGAGCGUGUUGCAGUUUUGUCCCACUGUAAACAUCACCGCCUACCAUGACAGCAUCAUGAACCCUGACUACAAUGUGGAGUUCUUCAGAGAUUUCAUGCUGGUGAUGAAUGCUCUGGAUAACAGAGCGGCCCGUAACCACGUGAACAGGAUGUGUUUGGCAGCAGACAUCCCUCUGAUAGAGAGCGGCACCGCCGGAUACCUGGGACAAGUCAGCGUCAUCAAGAAGGGAAUGACGGAGUGCUACGAGUGUCAACCCAAGCCCACCCAAAAGACCUUCCCAGGAUGCACCAUCAGAAACACACCAUCAGAGCCCAUUCACUGCAUCGUCUGGGCCAAGUAUCUCUUCAAUCAGCUAUUUGGAGAAGAGGACGCAGAUCAAGAGGUGUCGCCUGACACAGCGGACCCAGAGGCUUCAUGGAAUCCCGAAGACACGGCAGCUCGCGCCACAGCCUCAGAAAAGGACGGGGACAUCAAGCGAGUCUCCACCAAGGAAUGGGCCCGCUCCACAGGAUACGACGCCGCCAAACUCUUCAACAAGCUUUUCAAAGAUGACAUCAUGUACCUGCUGACCAUGGACAAGCUGUGGAAGACGAGGAAAGCUCCUACACCUCUGGACUGGCAGCAGCUAGAGAACAGUGCGGGUCCUCAGAAGGAGUCUGUGGGUUCUGGUUUGAAGGACCAGCAGGUUCUGAGUGUUUGGGGUCUCUGCCAGCUGUUCCAGCACAGCGUGGAGACUCUUCGCUCACAGCUGCAGGAGAAGGGAGAAGGAGCCGAGCUGGUGUGGGACAAGGAUGACCCUCCAGCCAUGGACUUUGUUACUGCUGCAGCCAACCUACGUAUGCACAUCUUUAGCAUGAACAUGAAGAGUCGCUUUGAUGUGAAGUCCAUGGCGGGUAACAUCAUCCCAGCUAUUGCUACGACCAACGCGGUCAUCGCUGGACUUAUUGUGCUGGAGGGUUUGAAGAUCCUGUCUGGGGAAAUGGAGUCCUGUCGUAUGAUCUACCUGAACAAGUGUCCCAACCUCAGGAAGAAGCUGCUGGUCCCGUGUGUCCUGGAUCCGCCCAGCGCCAACUGUUACGUCUGCGCCAGCAAACCCGAAGUCACAGUCAAGCUGGACGUCCACAAAACCACGGUCCUCUCUCUGCAGGACAGGAUCCUGAAGGAGAGGUUUGGCAUGGUGGCUCCAGAUGUUCAGAUAGAGGACGGAAAAGGGACCAUCCUCAUCUCCUCGGAGGAAGGAGAGACGGAAAGCAACAACAGCAAAUUUCUAGCUGAUUUCGGGAUUCGUAACGGCAGCCGUCUCCAAGUUGACGACUUCCUCCAAGACUACACGCUCCUCGUUAAUGUCCUGCACACUGAGGAGCUAGAGCGGGAUGUGGAGUUUGAGGUUGUUGGCGAGGCCCCAGACAAAGCUCCGCCCCCUCAGACUACCCAGGAAGAAGGGAACAGCAUCACCAAUGGCAACAAGGACUCCGCCCAGCCCUCCACAUCUACUAAAGCUCCAGCAGAGGACGAUGACAUCAUGAUCGUUGACUCUGAUGAGGAGGAGGAGGAAGGGGCGUCGUCCAGCACUGCAGCAGCACCGACAAGCGGCACCAAGAGGAAGCACCCAAACGCAGAAACCGGCGAGACCUCCACCAAGCGCCCGCGGACGGACCAAACGAGUGCAGCUGCUGCCUCCCAUGACAAUGACGACGAUGACAUCAUCGCCCUGGAUUAGCCCUGCCCCCCUCUGUUCCCAGAAGGACUGAGAACUCUUUGAACGCUUAUCAUUUUUGAGUCGAGACUGACAGUAGGUUUGAAUAAAACACCUCUUUUAUGAACAACAGUUGACUGCCCUGGUCCGCCUCUCGUCACGUCGUCCCCUCCCAGCUCUGUUUGUGCUUUCAUAUCCCCCCCCCUGCUCUGACAUGACUCUGUAAAUAGAUUCUACAUUUUAAAACAUUUUGGAAAAACUCGUAGAACUUCUUUUGUUAUUGUUAUUCAUUUCUGGUCCCUAUAAAAUGCCUCUCUUGAUGGUUUAAAAAAAAAAAAAAAAAAAAAAAAGUAGUUUUUUUUGUAUUUUUUAUAAACUUAAUGUAUUUCUCAUGCUGCACAAGUCAGGGUGUUUUUGUGGUCGGGUAACAAAAGAUGUAAGAAACCAAAACAUUUUCAUGGGUUGUAAUAUUGAUUUCAGUUGUUUGUGAACGGACGCUAACAGGCAGACCGAGGAGUCUGCAGUUUGUGGUUCUCUAAACGGUGCGUCUUGUCUGGAGGUGCUCUUGAUGUUCGGGAUCUGGUCGGUAGAGCACAAAGUCACAGAUGGCUAGUUCGGGCACGUUGUGCCGUAGGGGGGCGUUAGUUUGCUACCUCUUUUCUAGAACGAGUUUUAGCUGUAAAUUCAUAACCGAUGCCCUCCAUGAUGCCGCCACAGUGAGGCGUCCAUCUAUAGAGCAGCACAGUGGCACUAAUACAGCUCCCUGUGGAACUCCACUGUAUCUUGAAGGCUCUGGCUAAGAUCAAGCGGAUUAGAUCCAGGCUCGUGGUAGUUUAAUGUUAACAUGUUAUGGUUGCUUUUUCAUUAGUGAGACCCGUUUGGGCAGAUGGUGUUUGGUGGUCCAUCUUUUUUCACACUGCAGAGGUUAAUGGGAUGGCAGUGGAGCCCUGCACAAAAGUGACAUCAGAACCUCUUGCACAAAGCAUAGCCGUUGAGCUCCAGGCCGUCCUCUCCUGCGUCACUGUCCAUAAUUUCAUAUUUUGUUGUGAUCUGACUUGUUGUUGAAAGGCUAUGGGAGCCCUUUGGACCAAUUUGGACAAAAAGACAAUAAACUCAACAAAGGCACAGUCUUCUCAGUCUUUUUUUAUUUUUGUUUCUUCCAUAUUGAUAAAAAAUAUAUACAAUAAUAAGUGCAUGUCUUGAAAACAUUACAUAUCCAUCCCAUUAUUAUAAAGACUGUAUAGGGGAAAUAACCCAAACAGAUGUUUUCUGUAUGUGGCCAGUUUCUAUAGUGUUGGAUUUUUUUUAUCUGUUCUGGUUCAGAAACUGUUAAAGCACGAAAAAUAACAUGCAGAUAUCAGUUAGACAGUUUUAUUUAUUUUUACCGGAAUGUGACAUGAAUCAGUGUUUUUUUUUAAUGUCCUGAAUAAUUGUAUGUUUGCGUCAGGGGUUAAAGUCUUACAAUCAUGUGGUCAGCUCCGUACAGAGGGUGACAUUCUUUGAGAAGAGUAACCAUGAUGCACAACUACGACCCACCACACACAAACACACACGGACAGCACUUUACUAUCACCAAGGUUGAUUUCAAAAUAUUUGAUUUGAUGAAACAUCAAUGCUCUGACUGAUAAAGAUGGACUAUGGAAACAAAUGAAUCUGACAUUAGAAGGUGCUGUCUAGACUCAUACAGAGCAUGUUAACAGGCUCUGGCUUUACAAAAUACCUUUUUCAUGACAACUUUGACUUGUCAUACUGUACCAGGAAGGUGAAGUUUAUUUCUUUAGCAUAUUUCAUACACACAGGCAUUAAACGUGCUGUACAUCCAAAAAGAAAAACGGCCUAAAAACAUUAAAAUGCAACUUUAAAAAAUAGAAACCUUUUGGAGGAAAUUAAAAAGGUGGUUUUGAAAAAGGAAAGCACAGAUGCUACUUAUGAUUGAUAAAAUCAAUGUUCUAUUAAGGUGGAAGCAACUAGGUGCAUUUACUCAAAAUCUGUAGUUAAGUACAAUUUUGAGGUACUUGUACUCUGGAGUAUUUCCAUUUUGUGCUACUUUAUACUUCUUGUCCACUACAUUUAUAUAAAAAAACUAUACUUGUCUGUUCUAUGUAGUUGAGCUGCUGCAAC